AUGGAACAUAUCAAUCUAACUGCUGAAGUAGAUGAGAGCCCUAUGGAAACCAAUAGUGAAAGCAACAAAUCCGAACGAUCAUCAAAUCCUUGUCCAAACGAUGGUGUUCUUCGGAGCAAUGGAUGUGCUCAUUCGAGUUCUUCAUCUAAAGAAUGUGCAAAAGUCGCUAUUAUUGGUCUUGGUGCAAGAGGCCUGAACGUUCUCGAACGUUUGUCAGCCAUCUACGAUCCGAACAAGCAUGACUAUGAGCUGGAUGUUUAUCUGUUUGAUCCUGGCAGCAGCCCUGGACAAGGAGUACAUUCAUCAGAACAAAAUUCAUAUCUUCUUAUCAAUACAGUUGCUUGUCAAGUCACGAUGUUCGGUGAUGAGUCGGUAACAGACUACGGCCCUUUGAGAAAAGGACCGGGGUUCUUUGACUGGGCGAAGCAACAAGGUUAUCGGCGAAUGCCUAAUAAUCAGUAUUUAAUCACAACUGAUGAGACAGGGUUAGAACUUCGGGAGAACGACUAUCUGCCGCGAUCAAUAUUAGGCGAAUACCUGACAUGGGUGUACGAUGAUAUCAUUGAGUACUGUGAAUCCGUCAAAAGUAACCAGUCACGGAAUCCUCAUCUGCAAUAUUUUCGCUGCUAUCCAUUAAGUCAACUACAAACAAUCCCAAAAGAAGCCACAGUAGCUAUUCAAGGAAUGGGUUUGGCCUGUCAUGACAUUUUGUGCGAGUUGACAC